CAUUUUUUUUUUUUUUCUCUUAUCGCUGUUUCAGCCCCAAGAUGAAAUAGAAGUUGAAGAUGGGUUUAAACAGUAUGAUGUGAUUAGUGCACUAGAUAUGGAAGCUAUGAUGAGUACCAUAAAUGCCUGGAUAAAAAACCCAGUCAAGUUUGAACGUUCUCAUGGGAUCAACAACACACUGGAUGCCCAGAUCUUGCAAGAUAUGGAGGCAGGAGAUGAGACAAUCCACAUUCUUAUUGUUGAAGGCUUCCUACUUUACACCUACAGGCCACUGAUAGAUGUAUUCCACCAUCGGUACUUUCUUUCCAUUCCGUAUGAAGAGUGUAAAAGGAGAAGAAGUUCAAGGAAUUACACUGUACCAGAUCCACCUGGAUUGUUUGAUGGCCACGUUUGGCCUAUGUACGUAAAGCACAGGAAGAUAAUGGAAGAUCUUGGAGUUGAUGUGGUGCACUUGAAUGGAACAAAAUCAAAGGAGGAGCUGUUUAAUGAUGUGUAUGGACAGAUCCAGAAUAAGAUUGAAGAAUUACUUAACAGGCAGAAAUAAUGGCUGAUGGUGAUUCUUGGGGUAGAAGAUGAUUCCUGUUUGCUCUGCGCUGUUUACCCAACUGCUACUAAAGUUCCAGCUUCUGUGAAGACUCUCAACUCUUACAUUUGACUUUGUUCAAUCUUCCCUUGAAACUGAGUUAUAUGUGGUCAUAAUUAAAAAGCACUUCCCCUUUGUCUGUCAUCUUAA